UCUAUAAGAUCAAAUAUGCAGAGGUGUUGCCUGUGUGUUUUUGUUUUGACGGGUAUUUUGUCUGUCCAGUGCGUUGAGUUGAUGGGAGACGGCUGUUUGAACAACGAGCAUUUUGAGGAGCUGGGCGGUAUCCUUAAAGGGAAGCUGGAAGAGCACUUUAAAAACCAGGAGCUCAGGCAAGCCAAAAGACAAGAUGAAGACUACGACGAGCAGGUGGAGGAAACCCUACAGGAUGAGGAUGAGAACGACGUGUACGUCCUGACCAAAGUGUCGGACAUCCUGCACUCUGUGUUCAGCAGUUAUAAGGAGAAGGUUCUGCCUUGGUUCGAGCAGCUGCUGCAGCUCAUCGUCCAGCUAAUAUGUCCCAACAGGCCAUGGGCCGACAGGCAGUGGGGUCUGUGCAUCUUUGACGACGUCAUCGAGCACUGUAGCCCCUCCUCUUUCAAGUACGCCGAGUAUUUCCUCCGGCCGAUGCUUCAGUCGCUUUGCGACACGAGUCCCGAGGUUCGGCAGGCCGCUGCUUAUGGUGUCGGGGUGAUGGCUCAGUAUGGCGGCGACAGCUAUCGUCCUUUCUGCACAGAGGCGCUCCCCCUGCUGGUCGCCGUCAUCCAGGCAGCUGAUUCUCGGUCAAAGGAGAACGUAAACGCCACAGAGAACUGUAUCUCGGCGGUCGGGAAGCUCAUGAGGUUCCGGCCGGAGUGCAUUAACGUCAAUGAGGUUCUUCCUCAUUGGCUCAGCUGGCUGCCGCUCAAAGAAGACAAGGAAGAGGCAGUUCACACGUUUGACUUCCUGUGUGACCUCAUUGAAAGGUAGGCCUGUUAUCCAUCAUCC